AUGAACGAAUCUGACGAACCACCUAUAGACCGUCUCGGUAUCUGGGAUCGCUUGCACUCAUAUGCCUUAAACCUCGUGCCUCAUGGAAAACAGCCGCCUCGUGACUCUUCCAUCCUACCGAUAACGCACCAUCAGACCGGCCACGAUGGCGUUCACCAAGCUCCUGGCGCAAAUGGCCCUGGAGUCUCAAGAACAACAACACAGCAAACCCUCCACGACAAUACUCCCAUACCUGGAGCGGUCUCCUUGGAUACGCAAGAUGGAGAGAAGGCAUCCACCUUAGAGCCUAAGCUUGGCUUUUUCACCAAAGUCUACACCUCCCUCAAACUGAUCAUCUUCUCAAGCUGGGUCAACUGGCUUCUCCUCUGCGUACCCGUAGGUAUCGCCCUUGGGGCAGUAGAACGAGUGAUGGGCGACGAUGGCCCGAUCUCGCCAACUGCCGUCUUCUCCGUGAAUGCUGUUGCUAUUAUUCCGUUAGCAUGGAUGCUCGGAUACGCAACCGAAUGUGUUGCCUCUGACAUGGGUGACACCGUCGGUGCUCUUCUGAACGUCACCUUUGGAAAUGCUGUCGAGCUUAUUAUUUUUAUCAUUGCACUGGUUGCAGACGAGAUUGAAAUUGUGCAGGCUUCACUGCUUGGUUCCAUACUCGCAAAUCUGCUGCUUAUUCUCGGCAUGUGUUUCCUUUUCGGUGGUCUUCGUUUCCGGGAACAGGCAUGUUCUAUACAACUCUGCCGUCACUCAAAUGAGCGCCUGUCUUUUGAGCUUGAGCGUUAUAAGUCUCCUUCUACCGUACAGACCGCUUUCCAUGCCUCAUUCAGCAACAUGAAUAAUGCAGAUGCAGCCGUCCUCAAGAUCAGCCGAGGUACCAGUGUGGUGCUCCUGCUUGUCUACAUCUUGUAUCUCUUAUUUCAGCUCAAGUCUCACUCAUACAUAUACGAAAGCACGCCCCAACACGUCAUCGACGAAGAGUCGUAUCCUGGUGUGCUUGCAGACAUCUUGAACUCUUCUUCGAGCUCAGAGUCAUCCAGUGAUGAUGACAGCGAUGCUAGCUCGGGAUCGCAAACGACUAUUAAGAGGAUUAGACGGGCCCUACGAAAAAAACGUAGACGCAAGUCUAGCUCCGCUUCGAAAGACACUGCCUCGGUUCCAUCUCUCCCGUCUUUUGUGCGCACUUUGUCUUCUAGCUCUCAGGUGAUUGAUGAUUCGGCAAAUUCAUCACGAACUAAGUUUGGUCCCAAGCGCAAUAAUGGUCAGGAGUCUACAGCCGAGUUUGAACGGCCUCCAAUAAACCCAGAGCUAAGCGGUGAGGUGACCACUCGUGAUUUUGAAGUUGAUAAAGAGAUGCGCAAACCGGCAGAGCCGAAACGGAAAGCUUUACAUCCGCAGAAACGAUACAAGGAACCUAAGCGCCGCAAAUCUGAAGAUGAUAUCAUUGAAGAGGGUAUAGUUGCACCUUCUGUAACCGCCCCCUUUUUUGAAGUUAAGGGAGAAAGUGAAAAACGCCCUUUCAAUAUACGCAGCAUUCCAUAUCGACCAACAAUCCCCCGUGUCUUGACUCCGAUGAUAUUUCCUGCUGCAGGACAAGCAGAGCCAGAAGCGUCAUCAAAUACGCCAAGGCCAAAUCGCCUCCGCCGUACCAGUUCUUUGCCAGAUCGUCUCAACAAGGAGACUGCAGUAGCCACAGCGAUACCCUCUGCUCAGCCUUUACCUCAUCUACUUUCGAAGCGGACAGUGGAGAUCAAGGACGACCAUGCAGAGAAGCCCAAGCUGGAUCGUGUUACAGCCAUUAUCUUGCUACUUAUUACUACCGCACUCGUUGCUGUCUGCGCCGAGUUCCUUGUGGACUCUAUUGAUUACCUUGUCAGCAGCACCGGAGUCAGCGAAGCAUUUAUUGGACUCAUCAUUCUUCCGAUUGUGGGCAACGCUGCUGAGCACGUUACUGCCGUCACGGUUGCAAGCAAAAACAAGAUGGACCUUGCCAUCGGUGUUGCACUGGGUAGUAGCAUUCAAAUUGCACUCUUUGUUACGCCGAUCAUUGUUCUCCUUGGCUGGAUCCUCAACACGGAGAUGUCGCUCUACUUUAGCUUGUUCGAGACGGUUUCGUUGUUUGCAUCGGCUUUCAUUGUCAAUUACCUAAUGCUGGAUGGCCGCAGCAAUUAUCUCGAAGGCGCAUUAUUGAUUGCCGCACCACCUCCAGGGGCCCCUCCAGGCUAUCAAGACAGCAGCAGCAACCCUCCUCCCUAUCACAAUUGGCAAGAACAAGUCCCUGACACGGCCAUCUUGGCCCCUCCGCCGACGAUAUCGCAUUUUGCCUCUGAGACGGGGAAUGCCUCGGGCGACGAUGCCGAUCGUGCGAAGGAGUUUUGUACUUCGAGACCGUUAUGGAGGCCUGUUCAGCCCUCAGAAGCCAUCUACAACAGCACACUACGCGGCGAAAUCCGACCAGGACAACCCAUCGAAUACCGCGGCAGUCUAGACACUCGACACCCCGGCCGCUGGAAAGUCAAGAGCGACAAGCACUGCCGCGACUGCUCGCUCAUCUCCAUCUUACCGCUGUAUUACGCGCUGCGAGACUCGCCUGCGGUCACGGGACGCGAUAAGACGAUCUAUUUCGAGGUUAAGAUCUUGCGGAUUCAGCGGCAGACGGGAAAUAGUAACGGCGGUGAUGCAAACGGGCUUUCCAUCGGGUUUGUAGCGCAGCCGUAUCCAUCCUGGCGUUCGCCCGGGUGGGAUCGGGCUAGUGUUGGAGUGUUUUCGGACGAUGGGUGUCGGUUUGUGAACGAUUCGUUUGGUGGGAAGAGCUUCACUGAGCCGUUUCGCGAGGGGGAGACGGUGGGCUUGGGGAUGACUUUUUUCGUUGCUUCGCCUGGUUGUAACUCGAGGGUCAGAGUGUUCUUCACGCGCAAUGGAUUCGAGGCCGGGAGCUGGGAUUUGCACGAGCAACUCGACUCGGAGGCUGGCGGCGUGCAGGGGCUGGAGGGCGAUUUCGAUCUGUACGCUGCUGUUGGCAUAUUCGGUGGAGUUGAGUUUGAGGCGAGGUUUGAGCGCGAGGGGCUUUUGCUGCCGUGA